CCGGCUUCUCCGCUCAGCGUCAGUGCCAUGACAACAGGACGAUGGCUGCAAGAAAGAGGCAGAGAAAUGUGAUUUUUGUGUGAAGGAGAAGUAACAGGAUAUCUUAGUUGACGUUCUGGCUUUUGAGUGUGAAGAGGCACUAUGUCUCUGUUCAAGGCCCGUGAUUGGUGGUCUGCAGUGCUCGGUGAGGGGGAGGAGUUUGACCAGGGAUGCCUCUGUGUCGGAGAUGUGGACAACAGUGGGAGUGGACAUGACAAGAUUGUGGUGGGCAGCUACAUGGGGAUGCUGCGAAUAUUCUCCCCACAUGCCAACAAAUCCAGCGAGGGAGGGCCGGUGGAAGCCCAGCUUCUGGAGGUCCAGCUCCAAAACGCCAUCAUCCAGGUGGAUUUGGGAAAGUUUGUCUCGUGCUCCGAUCUCCUUCAUCUGGCCGUUCUACAUCCCAGGAAGUUGUCAGUCUACUCAGUAUCAGGCACUGCAGGGAACGUGGAACAUGGUGACCAGUACCAGCUGAAGUUGGUUUAUGAACACAACCUGCAGAGAACAGCGUGCAACAUGACCUACGGCACCUUCGGAGGGGUCACAGGUCACCACUCCCUCUGUAUCCAGUCUAUGGACGGGAUGCUGAUGUUCUUCGAGCAGGACAGCUACUCUUUCGGCAGAUUCCUCCCUGGUUUCCUGCUGCCCGGCCCGCUGGUCUACAACCACAGAACAGACAGCUUCCUCACUGUGUCCUCUGCACGCUUGCUGGAGAGCUACAAGUACGAGACUUUGGCUGUAGCUACUGAUGCAGAGAGUCGACAGGAUCCUGAUGUACCUGCCAAGGCUGGAGGCAAGAGACUGGCGCCUGACUGGUCAUUUGUUCUUGGAGAGCAGGCCCUGGACCUCUCCGUGCCCUCGUUCUCCCACUCCUCUGCCUCCAUCUUUGUUCUAGGUGAGAGGAAUCUGUACUGUUUCCGUGACAAUGGCCAGAUCCGCUUCAUGAAGAAGCUGGAAUACAACCCAAGCUGCUUCCUGCCGUACUCAUCAGUGACGGAUGGAACCACCAACCUCUUGCUUGGUAACCACACUGACAUGCUGCUGGUUUACCAGGAUGUGACUCUUAAGUGGGCAGCUCAGCUCCCCUUUGUGCCCGUGGCCGUCCGCAUUGGGAACUUUCCGGAGUUAAAGGGAGUCGUGAUCACUCUGAGCAUUGAAGGUCACCUCCUGUGCUCCUACAUGGGAACAGACCCCUCCUUCUUCUCCACACCAAAGGUGGACGCCAGGGAGGCGGAUUACGAGCAGGUGGACGCUGAGAUGAAGAAGCUGCAGAAGUUCAUCAGAGAGGCCUCCAGGACUCAGGACAUCCUGCCUAAAACUGACGCUGAGGAAGACCUGAUUAUCACAGCUGCUGUGUCGACCAGCAUGGACAGUGAAUCGCAAGCUCUGAUCCAAGAUAUUGAUGGUCUACCCAUCCCUUCAGUAACAAUAAAGGUGACAGUGAAGUCCAGUUGUGUGAUGCAGUCCUCUAAACUGGCUGUCAAGGUUCAGCCCCCCCUGGCCAUCACUCAGGAUCAGUUUGUUCUGGAGCCCAUGGGUUUUGGCGGCUCUACAGUUGUGGAGUUUUCAGCUUUCCUCAAUGGCAAAUACCCUCCUGCUGACCUGACCGGAGACAUCACAGUGUCCUACAGCUCACCUACAGGAGUUCCCAGGAUUCAUCAGUCCAGGUUCAGUCUUCCUCUGGCGUUGGUGUGUGUUCCUUCCUCUCCCGCCAAAAACACGAGAUUCAAGAUCACCAUGGACACCAACCAGCCUCCUGUCGAGCUCACCUCCAUCUUUCCAGAGUUUGCAGCUAAAUCUGAAGAUAAGGACGGGAACGGUUUGGCUUUUCAGUUCCUGUCAGGAGCCAAAGUGACUGUGGUAGCCUCCAAGACCUCCCAGCGUUACCGUAUCCAGAGUGACAGCUUCGAGGACAUCUGGUUGGUGUUGAAAGAGCUGGUUCAGAGAUUUGACAAACAUUUCCACAAACUGGGAGUCAAAGACUUCAAGAAAAGCUUCAGUGGACCGCUCCCACUGCAGGAUUACUUCCUGUCCGUGGACAAACACUUCCAGCUUCGUGUCAGUGCUCAGCAGUACCAGGACCUCCUGUCAGAGCGGGCCGUCCAGUUCAGAGCCAUCCAACGUCGCCUGCUUACUCGAUUCAAAGACAAAACACCAGCACCUCUGCAGAACCUGGACACCCUGCUGGACGCUACCUACAGCCAGGUGAUGGCGCUGGCGGAGGCUGCAGAGGAGAACCGCGUACAGCUGGAGGAGGCAUUUGUGCGUCUGCGGAGCGCCACACACCUGCUGGUUCUGCUGCUGUCGCUGUGGCAGGGCCUGACCCCUGACCAGACCGCCAUCCUGGAGGCCACGCUGCUGCCGCUGCUGCAGGACACACCACAGCUGGGCUGGGAGGAAAGCUGUGAUGCCGCUGUCUCCCACCUCCUGAGGACCUGCCUCUCCCGGAGCCCAAAGGACCAGGCCACAUCUCUGGCCCAGACCGGUAGCCCCGUGCUGGGCCUCCCCUCUGACACCACACGUCUGAAGAAGCACAUCACCCUGCUGUGUGAACGCAUCGGCAAAGGAGGCCGCCUUACUCUGGCAUCAGAGGCCAACGUUCAGGCCCCUGUCCAGGUCCAGAACCUGGCUGCUCCUGGUGGUGUUGAACCCAUCACAGAGUCGACUGCUGACCAAGAGGAGCCACUGGAGGCGACCAAGUUUGUCAAGAAGAAACAGCCAUCAAAGAAAGUCAAGAAAGAUAAAGAGAAGAAGGAGGUUUCACCAGAGGCCUCAUUAAAAGAAGAAGCAGGAGCUGCAGAGGAGUCCGUCAAGGAGGUCAAAAAGGAGAAAAAGGAGUCUUCCAAGGAGAAAAAAGAGACAAAGAAGGAACCAAGCAAAGAGCCAAAGGAGGAGGGGAGGAGGGAGUCCAGGAAGGAAUCGGUCUCCUCCUCCACUAAGGAGAAGAAGGAGUCAUCUAAGGAGAAGAAGGAGAAGGACAAAGACAAGGAGGUGAGCAAGGAGUCAGGAGACAAGAAAGCAUCCAGGAGGUCGUCUGUGAAAGUGAAAGAGAAGAAGAAGGAGCCAGAGGCCGCAGAGGGCUGACAAGAGCGGAGCAGGGAGGUCACAUGAUACACGCACAUAAACACAACACAUAUCACACACAAACCAGCGUCUCGAUCAUAUAAAUAUGUGUAUACAGUCAACGUGUAAACAUACACAAGGCCACGAAGCUGCACAUACAAACACACAUGAGCUGUAAAUACUUAGCUAAGGCCAUAGAUCUCAGUAGCAGAGUAUUUUCCUCCCAGACGCUUAUUUACAUCGUCUGGUAAUAGCUGAUCCUCACACACAAACAUGCAGGAGUGUUGGUGUGUGCGCUCUGGGGAUGUGGUGAGGUCUGAGCCCACGGAGCGCUAGGACCAGUCUGAAAUCCGCCUCCUCUUUUUCGCUGACUCUCUCCUUCCUCUUCGUCUUCUCCGUCCCGUUGAACCCACAGCUCUGCGCCUCCUUAAUCCCAGCCGGGCCCCAAACCACCCCCCCGCCCACACACGCUUCUGGAUGUGACGUCAGACCCGCCCCCUCGCGUGGCACAGAGCCCCGCCAGAGCCUCCCCCGCCUCGCCGCCAAGAAUACACCGCCUGCUGCGUCCUGUAGACAUCGCUGCUUCCGGGUAAACCAAGCCCACAUCCUACAGCUGCCUCCACCGCUGCUGCCCCCUCUGACCUCCACCAGACAGUUUUACAUUGAAAUUCAGGACACUCAAGGACAUGCAGCUGCUGAUGGGAAAAUAUUUUAGUGCUGUGGAGUCGAACCUGAGACUGUUUUAGCACAUUUGAGAACAACAGGGCGUUUUCUGGAAAAAUCAGGGUGCCAAUCAGGAGAGAGUUUAACAGCUGAGGCUUUUUCUGCUUAUCUGUACCUUGACAAGAACGUUUACCAACACUCUCACACAUUUUUCUGGUCUGGAUCAUCAGCAGCUUGUUUAAAUAGCUCCAGUCAAUUCAGUUUAAUUUGUUUAUGCAAUCUUUGACCCUGUUUACACCUCACGUUAACAGCCAUGGGAAAUCAGAUACCAGGUGGUAAUCCUAGCUGCUGGAUGUGGCAUAUGGAGGUGGUCUGAGAUGCCUCCAUCUGAACUGGUUUUUGUAGUGGUUCAACUGGUGGGUCGGCACUCAAGAGUAAUCCUACUUUCAUACAUUUUAUUUUCUCUUUUACUAUCAUAAGGGUUCAUUUCAAUAUUUCUCACUAUUUCAAAGUAUUUAUCUCCUCUUUUCAGAAGAACAAAGUUGCUUCUCCUCAAAAUCCCUGGGAAAUUGCCAAAAAUUUUCUUGUUACCAUGUAAAAUUUGAGCAAAGUUGGUCAGUUUUCUUUUUUCAGUCAUAUUUUGUUCCAUACAAGGGCCAAACUGGCCAUUUUUCAGUUGAGAGAUUUAGACAUUUGGGUCGCGAUUUUCUAGUUAAAGAGACCGUGGUGGGUCCCGAAGCUUCAACAGUUAAGAACUAGCACCACCAAUAAGACCACCCCGUCCACCAACAUAAUCUGCCUUUUUCCACCAGUGUACAAAAGCCUGGAUUACUUACAUGCAUCCAUCAGCCUCCCCAGUCACUGUUUGGCAUGGAUUGAGUUUUUACCCACGCCGAUAUAAUCGGCAGGGGGUUAUGUAAAGGGUUCCGUAUCUUUCUUUCUUUGUUUUUUUAUGUGUACAAGAUAAUUCGAGAACAAAAAGUCGGAUCUUCACCAAACUUUC